AUGGCCGUGGGCUCUGUCAAGAUGCAGCCACCGUGCGAGAGCCCGGCGCUGGCCUCGGCGGCCCCGGCCGACGGCCCCUUGCGCCGCAGCCCGAGCGCCCGGGAGCCCGAGCGCGAGCCGCCCGCCGCGUCUCUGCGGCCGCGCCUGCGGGACCUGCCUGCGCUGCUGCGGAGCGGGCUCACGCUGCGGAGGAAGCGGAGCGCCGCCGGGGCCCGGACUCUUUCAAGAAGAAUUUCCAACCCAUACCUUGAACAUACUUCUUGCCAGAUUUACGGAGAGAAUUCUUCUUGUGCAGGAAAAGCAUUAAGAAAUAUUAUUAUCCUUCAAGCAGCUGACCUGGUAAAGGACAGAGUGAACCUCAAGGGAUUUUACAGGAGAAGCUGUGUGGGGUCAGAGCUGGUUGACUGGCUUCUAGAACACUGCCCUUUCGUCCAGUGUAGAUCUAUGGCCAUUGGGGUCUGGCAGCUCCUACUGGAUAUGGGAAUUAUGUCUUCAGUGGACCAACAUCUGUACUUUCAAGAUAACUAUGUUUUCUACCAAUUUUCUUCGGAGGAAUGUAGCUACUUGUACUGUGAAUUUGAAAGAGAAGAAGAAUGGCAAAACGGAGUGAAGCUUCUGCUGCAGCUUGUGCAUCUCCUUCCUGAUAGAGCUGGCACAUGUGGCCUGUCUCAUCAGAAAGUGGAAGACUCAGAAGAAAGCAGCGAUGAAAUUCUCGCUCGGCUAACAUCUGCGGUGCAGAGAGAGCUAGCGGCUGUUAUUGCAAUGAAAGCAAGAAAGUCCGCAGUUGAAGAAGAUGAUGGAAACACCGCCAAGCACGUAACCGUGAGAGAGGCUAACGAUGCUCCUGAUUCUCAGGCUGGAGUGAUGUGCAAGCUUCAAGAGAGAGAUGACAUCGGGCGUAUCGAGCUGGUCCAGAGGCUGGCAAGAGAAAACUGUCAGUUUCUACAGACAGACAAAAAAGAGCCGGAGAAGUCUGAACAGCAAGAUGAUGAAGUGCCAAUGGUUCAGGUUAAAGAGCAAGGCCAGAGUGUGCUGGUGCUGAAGAAAGUAGCAAGCUGUGGCCCAGCCCCCACCACGGGGAGUGCGGAGAGCGAGAGCGACUCGAGAUACAUGGUGGUUUCUGGGACCCCGGAGAAGAUCUUAGAGCACCUUCUGAAUGACUUGCACCUGGCAGAGGUUCAGCACAAAGAAACAGAGACGCUCCUCGAUGACUUCCUUCUCACGUAUACAGUAUUCAUGACAACAGAUGACCUGUGCCAGGCGCUAUUGAGACACUAUUCUGCUAAGAAGCAUCAAGGGGAAGAAGAAAAGUCAGAUGUCCCUUGUCGGAAGCGUAAGGUCCUACAUCUGGUUUCACAGUGGAUUGCUCUGUACAAAGACUGGCUACAUGAAGAUGAACAUUCAAAAAUGUUUCUAAAGACCAUAUACAGGAAUGUACUGGAUGAUGUCUAUGAAUACCCAAUUCUCGAGAAAGAACUGAAAGAAUUUCAGAAGAUACUUGGGAUGCAUCGCCGCCACACUGUUGAUGAGUACUCACCACAAAGGAAGAGUAAAGCCCUUUUCCACCAAUUCAGUCUUAAGGAGAACUGGCUGCAGCAUAGAGGAACUGUGGCUGAAACAGAGGAAAUUUUUUGCCAUGUGUAUAUAACGGAGCACUCCUAUGUCAGUGUGAAGGCAAAAGUUUCCAGUACAGCCCAGGAGAUCCUGAAGGUUGUGGCUGAGAAGCUGCAGCGUGCUGAAGAGGAUCUGGCUCUGGUGGCCAUCAUGUUCUCUGGAGAAAAGCAUGAAUUUCAGCCAAAUGACUUGGCCAUUUCCAAAUCCCUGGAGGCCUCGGGUCGGAUAUUUGUCUACCGGAAAGAUCUUGCUGACACUUUGAAUCCUUUUGCAGAAAAUGAGGAAUCGCAGCAAAGAUCAAUGAGGAUUUUGGGAAUGAACACUUGGGACCUUGCUCUCGAACUGAUGAGUUUUGAUUGGAGUCUGUUCAACUCAAUCCAUGAGCAAGAGUUGAUCUACUUCACGUUCAGCAGGCAGGGGAGUGGGGAGCACACGGUGAACCUCAGCCUUCUGCUCCAGAGAUGUAAUGAGGUCCAACUCUGGGUGGCCACGGAGAUUCUGCUCUGCAGCCAGCUGGGCAAGCGUGUGCAGCUGCUGAAGAAAUUCAUCAAGAUUGCCGCUCACUGCAAAGCCCAGCAGAACCUGAACUCCUUCUUUGCUAUUGUGAUGGGUCUCAACACCGCAUCUGUGAGCCGGCUGUCACAGACCUGGGAGAAAAUUCCUGGGAAGUUUAAGAAACUUUUCUCUGAACUUGAAAGCUUAACGGAUCCUUCCCUAAAUCACAAAGCCUACAGGGAUGCAUUCAAAAAGAUGAAGCCACCAAAAAUCCCUUUCAUGCCCUUAUUGCUUAAAGAUGUAACAUUUAUUCAUGAAGGAAAUAAAACAUUCUUGGAUAAUCUCGUCAACUUUGAAAAGCUGCACAUGAUUGCAGACACGGUCCGGACCCUGAGACACUGCAGAAGUAACCAGUUUGGAAGUGACAUGUCUCCAAAGGAGCAGCAAGAGCUGAAGUCCUAUGUCAACCACCUGUAUGUCAUCGACAGCCAGCAGGCCCUGUUCGAGCUCUCUCACAGGCUGGAGCCCCGGGCCUGAGCCAUGUCCGUCUGCCCUGUGACUACAGCACUCAGAGCGAAGGGAAGGUCUCUGUUCAGCAUGCUGCUUCCUGUGAGAAAAGAGCUUGCUGGGUUCUAGCAGCAUACAUGAGACAAGUGCAGGAAAGCCAUUCGGAAAGCGAUGCCAGCUACCAGAUGCGGAGAGUGCUCCUCUCCCCACCUCAGAGAAGAUGGAAGGCGUCAGAGCAUCCUUGGAACAGGGUCUUUCUUAUGAUGGUGAUUUCAAUCCAGCCCAAGUCUCAGCUUACGGCGUGGCAGCAUUAAGAGAAAACAUGUCUUGAUAUAUAGCAACCAGGUUUAUUUUUUCCAGUAAGAUUGUGUGUAGCAGGAGGACUGCCAUUCUGCCCACAUCACCUUACUGCCCAGGGGCCAUUAAGAGACCAGGAGCACCUGAAGACAGUGAGAGCAUCUCCAGACGGCCCAGGAGGAGAGGCUCCCGCAGCUAGAAACUGGACAUCACGCUGGGAGGCGUGUCCUGCUGUGCAAAUAAGAAAUGCCUGGCACACACUUUUUUGCAUCCACAAUCAUUUGCCAAUGUAGGCACAGAUGAAACUAGUUUCUGUACCACUGAUGCACUCUUGUAAGCAAGGUAGACCGAGUUUCUCAUUCAGUAAGGUACUUGGCAUUGUCCAGUUUCUGGAAACUUACUUUACAUGUAUUUUGUUUGUUGUUGUUGAACUCAACAUGAUUUUCAGAAAAACAUGGGGCCAAGAUUAUAGGUGCUCGGUGUCCGCUUACUGAGAUCGCAGGAUCGCCAGUUUCUGCAGUGCUGUGCCUGAUGCAGCCAUGGUGUUUGGCAUCACUCUAUCAGGCUCCCUGCCCACGGGAUGCAGCAUGCCAGCCUGUAAGGGAAGGAAGUGAAGCUGGGAAUAGAUACCUUAACAGUUGGGAUUACCAGUCUUUCAGGAAUUGAAAAGUACCCAGAAAUGCCUAAAAGCUGACAUAAUUGGAGAGUCGGAAGCCCCGGAGUCUGCUUCCCGAGGAUAGCCAGAGCCUCUCUGCAAUUCACCCAUAUCCUUUUCAUUCCUUGUUUUUAACAAAUCGGGCCUCAUAUACCAAAUAAGACCUCUGGGAAUUCUCAAGGACUGGUUAGAGAAUUUCCCUGAAUCCUCAAGUAAGGAAGAGCACAUGGUUAAAACAAGGCUGCCUCGUGCUACCUGUUCACUUCGCUGGGUGCAAGCCCCUGUCUGACACAGCAGGUCCACAUUUCCAGUCAUGAGUAUGGGUACACUCCUCACACCCCCGUGGGGCUGCCUGCUGAGUGUCCGCACAGCCUGCUUACUAUAGUCCCUUACCCAUUCUCAUGACUGAGACUACGCUGUGCCCCUUGUCUCCUGAUUGCUUUUUUUGGUCUUGGGACCACAGUGGGCCUGAAGUACUGAUAAAAGGAACCAUAUGGGAAAAUCCUGGGUAGAGAUCUCAAAGGGAUUGCAUCUAAACCAGCAUGGAGAAUGUUAGUCCUAGAAACUUACAGGGUGUUAUAGACGCACUCCAACUAAGACUGGUUCACUGAGAAAAUGUUUUACAGGGCUGAGAACCAGUGAGUGAGACCAGAGCCACAGAGGCAGGGAAAGCAGGCUCUCUUGAUGUCUAACCUAGCACAAGCACCCACAAAGCCCUGGCAGUCUCUGAGAGCAGCACAGACUGACAGCACAGACACUUGUCUUCCUCCAAGCCAGCAGCCAGGAUUCGGCUAGUGAGAUCACACCAGGCCAUUUGGUCUUUGUCUCUGUUCUAACCUAAUGUGUGACAUCAGCUCUACGCUGCUUUAAUCAGAACCUUCAGGACUCUGUAUGUGGAGAUCUGUUGUAGCAGAACACUGUACGUCUAGGCCCCAGUUCAGCUAGGUGUGGAAGCCAUGCCUGCAGCUUGCUGAGCACACUUAGAGAAUCCUGCAGGAGAUGCAUGGGAUCAGGCCAGGACUGCAUGGGUGAGGCUGCUAUUCCCUCCAAAGCAAAAGUCAGAUGGGAUUUGUUCUGCCAUCCAGUCUUCUGAAUAUCUAAAAUCUCUACAUCUUCAACCUUAACACCCAUGUCUAGGAAUUUCUCAGGCAGCAGAUUCAGGGACUUCAGAAGGUUUGCAGAAUCUUAAAUCUGAAGUGAAAGAAUAUUCCAGAACUGUCAGACCCCGUGUGUUCUACAGGAAGCCCUUCCUACAGCAGCUGAGCGCAGUGGUAGGUGAGCCCAGGAAUCAGCAGCAUCCCAUGCGUGGGGUGACCUGGUUCCUUCUCUAGAGCUUGCCCUGGGCCUCGCAGAGUCAGUAUUGAUCUCUCUGGAUGUGGACUAGGGGACAUUUGGGUCUCUUCCAGUUUUCCUUUAGAUUACAGAGCCCUCCAGUCCCUCCCUAAAUCCUGUGUACCUGGGAUCUUCCCCAGUGAGUGAUGCUGGGCUUCUUCCUCAGAGCACAGCCCUCUAGGGGGCCUGUGGAUCUCUGGAUUCCCUUCCUGCAAAGCAACCGCACUUGCUAGUUAGCACAGGAGGCAGAUCACUAGUUCAUCUAGGGAAAGUCACCAACUUUCCAAAUCCUUUAAAGAAUUUACAAACACAUUUGCAGAUGCUCCCUAGCCUACGGAUUUGAAAUUCACUUUGAGUCUGUAUAAUUGCCAAAUGGUUAUAGUAGCACAUAGUAUAACCCACAUCCACUCUUUUCUAGUGUCCUUAAUCGCAUUGAGAAUAAAUUCCUUUUCCUACUCCGAUAUCUACAAGCAAGCAGUGUGGCACAUGCCUUGACUUUAGAGGCACGAGAAUAAAGUCUCACGCCUCCUACUUCAUAGAUGCACACUCACCUGAGUGAGGGAUCAGCGGUGUGGGCAGGUGGCUGCUUGUGUGGACUUGUGGUCCUGGAGCUGCCCCUUGGGCUGCCAAGUCCCAGCCCUGGGGGUUUGCAGACAACACACGCACUGCAAACCCUGAUCUGAACAGCACAACCCACCCAGGCUUCUCAGAACUGGGCAAAAUCAUCAGCGUUUAGACGACAAGGGCCACUACAGCUGUCCAGCAUAGGAUUUCUUUCCCACUCCGAAGACAUGUCCUUGAAAUUUCAGCCUGCUCGUUACUAAGUGGGCCAGUUUUGCUCUAGAGAAAAUGCAUUUUGAAAAAUUGCCAAAAAGUCAGAUGAAAUGUUCUAAUGUAUAAAGCAAAGCUGUAUAUACUGAGCAUUUUUAGCAGAGUGAUAUUUAUUUGCAUAGCCUAUUUAUUGUAUUCAUAUUACACUGUUGUUAAAUACCAGGAUGAAAUCAAUGAUCAGAAGCAAGGACUCUUGCUUAGGACUGCUGCAACAUUGUCAGCUUGUGAUAACCAUUAGACGAUAGAAAGCCCACGGUCCGGGCAUCUACCUAACUUCUCAGGGACUACACCUUGUAGUUUUCCACCCUUCUAAGAGCUGGUAAAUAUGAAACAUUUGUUGAAUUACCAGACUGCCAUUGACAGUGUUUGCUUUCUGCCUCUGUGUAUAUGAUGUGCUGUGUAUCAAAGUAGGAAGCAAUAAUUUAUAUGUAAAAAUGGCCAAGCAAUAUAAGGUUAAAACUUAUAUGAGUAACCAUUACCUUAUCUUGUAUUUUCAAGUGUUUUUUAAGCUGCUUUUCCAAAUAUAAGACUACGUUAAACAUA